UGGUGUAAACAACAAUAAUGGGGUCCUUACCACGGUUGCGUGACGGCAGUUUAUUUUACGUUGUUCUUGGGGCCGUAGUGACGUCGUUCUAUUUUAUCGUUAUCGGAAAAUUGAGCACGACUCGUGUAGUUAAUUUGGUAGAUCACAAUGGUGGCGCCGCUAAUUUUUCCCGAAGGAAUUCUGAAUACGAAGAAGUUUGCAGAGAGUGGCUAGAUUUGAUGGACCAAGAAGAACUCCUCAACCGUAAUAGUUCGAUAAUAGACGAAAGUACCGAAGAUGUCAAAGAAACAAAAAAUUGGGACAACAGUUUCGAAAUGAGCUCUCAUUUGCGCUGUGAUAUUAAAUAUAAGGAUAAAGAAGUUAUACAAAGAGGCCAUUAUUAUGCCAUUUAUAAUUACGUACGAGCCGAAAAAGAAUUCGGAUGCACUGAGACUAUUACUUUAACAGCCCCUGCAGAUUUCCGAUUUUUAGAUAAUGUUGUUCCAUUAGUAGAAAAAUGGAUGGGACCUAUUAGUAUAGCAUUGUACGCACCUGGACACGAUUUUUACACAACCCUGCGCGCAAUAUCGUAUUUAAGAAAUUGCGGAACAGAUCUCAUAAGAAAAUACGUUACGUUUCAUAUAUUCUUCGAUCAAGCCCAUACUCCAGCAGCACGCAAUGGGUCUAGUAUAUUGACAUUAUACACAGACCUUUACAACGAUUGUACCGCACUGCCACCAUGGGCCGAAACUAACGAUACCGACAUGUACAAAUUCCAAAACAAUCUCCUCUAUCCGAUCAACGUGGCCCGUAACAUUGCCAAACUAGGUGCUCAAACUUAUUUUGUAUUUCCGAGCGAUAUUGAGUUGUAUCCGACCAAAAACUUUAUACCGCUAUUUAUGAAAUUUUGGAAAGAAAAUCCGGAGUUGUUUACACCGGAGUCUAGGAACGUGUUCGUAUUGCCGAUCUUCGAAAUUCUGGCUAAUGAAACCGUGCCAGAGAAUAAGACUCAGUUGAUGGCAAUGUUGGCGACAAAAACGGCCCAGUUGUUUCAUGAAGGCGUUUGUACACGCUGUCAUAAAGUGAUAGAAAGUGACAAAUGGGUAGCUGCCCCUGAAACUGAAGGCCUUGGAGUAUUUUCGGUGGGCAAAAGAAUAGGUCCGCACAUUGUUUGGGAACCGUUUUAUGUUUGUACCCAAAAAGAACCUUUAUGGGAUGAAAGGAUGACUUGGGAAGGUCAAAACAACAAAAUGGUUCAAGCAUUCACAAUGUGUGUUUUAAACUACGAUUUUCACGUCCUAGACAACGCGUUUCUCAUUCACAAACCCGGAGUGAAGAAGAAAAAGGUCCAAAUGGUUAGAUAUGGUCAGGUAGUGAAGGAAUCGAGCGCACUGCUCCAAAAAAUUGCCAUAGAAUUACAAGAAUUAUAUGGUUACAAUAAAAAAUGCGGUACCAAAUAUAUUUUUCAAAGACCGAAACCGAAGCCUAAAGUUCCAGUGAUACUACCCAAAACGUGAAUAAAAUUGAACCCACUCACCUAAAUAGGAUCAAGUUUGUAGUUUCAACAUCACUAUAGUUCUUUAUUUAUUAUCAUUGCUGUAGUAAAGAUUAGGAUUUUUUAAAUUUUAUUGAUAAGAGUAUAAUAUUUUUGUGAAUAAUUCUUGAAGAUAUUACCUACGUCAAUUUACCAUGUAACUACCCAAACUGGGCUGGCACCAGAACUCAUAUUAUAUUUCAUGUUUCAAAAUAUUCUUUAGUUUUUUAAAAAAAUUCAGAUUAUUCUGCUUAUAAGUAGGUAUGUUGUUUUGUUAUUUAUUUUUUAAUAAAUAUAUUUAUUGUAUGUUAUUUGUCCGACAGACUAUAAAUUCCAAUGCUCUAUAUUUGAUUCGAGGUAAUAACCACAAUAAUCUUGGUGAGAUAAUUUUUUACAGGAGGAGAAAAGAACAAUACGCUUCUAGAUAGUGCGAUCAAGCUUCUAGGAUAAAUUAUUGUUCCCAGCAUUCAGAUUAAAAAAAGGAAAUAAAAAUGCGUAGCUUUCGACAAACUGUGUUGAAGUUUAUGUAGAAAAUAGUUUUUUUUUUCAUGCUCAGAAACCCUCUGUCAUAGUAUUAUUUUGAAUAAACUCAGGACCUCUAUUUGUUCUACCUA